GAGCACGCACGCCGUCCCUCCACAUCAACCCACAAAUUUCAUCACCUUGCCGGCGAAGCCCUCUGUUUGGCCGCCGGCGCUAUGAAGAAGGUGGUGCUGAAGCUGGACCUGCACGACGACAGGCAGAAGCAGAAGGCGCUCAAGGCCGUCUCCGGCCUCCACGGCAUCGACAAUAUGGGCGUGGACAUGAAGGACCAGAAGAUGACGGUGGUCGGCAGCAUGGACCCCGUCGACGUCGUCGCCAAGCUGCGCAAGUUCUUCCACGGCGCGAACAUCGUCUCCGUCGGCCCGGCCAAGGAGGAGAAGAAGGACGACAAGAAGGACGGCGCCGGCGGGGACAAGAAAGACGGCGGCGGCGGCGACAAGGACAAGAAGGACGCGAGCAAGCAGGUGGUGUACGCGGCACCCUACUGGUGCCCGCCGCCGCCGCCGCAGCACCACCACCCGCACCCAUACUACUUCGUCCGCAGCGCCGAGGAGGACCCCAACUCCUGCGUCAUCUGCUGAUCGCCUCCACGGCCCCGCGCCCGCCCACCCUCCAUGUACAUUUCUAGCUGGCCAGCCUGCGUGUGGCUCACCGGCGAUCAUCGGUCGCGACCUGCUCCGGUGGUGGUUGGUGGUUGCUCCACUCGUCAGCCUACCUGCGACAGCGAUCGCUAUAUGAUCCGUUGAUGUAGAUGAUGUUGUUUUGUCUUGUUUUUCUCUUUUGGGAGGGAUAAAGUAGACGCAUCUGCUGAGUUUGUGAUGCGCACAUAUAUAUGGAAUCAAAUAACAGUGAGGAAAACGACUAUGAAUAUUAAUAUAUAAUAGAAACUUCCUGCAA